AUGCCACGAGCUGGUGCCGCUUGCCUGACCUGCCGGCAAAAAUGCCGCAAGUGUGAUCGUGGCCGUCCGAGUUGUCAACGAUGUGUCUCCAAAGGUUUAGUAUGUGGAGGAUAUCCAGAACGGUUUAGGUUCUGCGGAAUUGCCAGUCGAGGUAAAUGGAAGGGUGCUAGGAUACCAACCAGCAGUAGAAGCUCUACCGGUGGUCGAUCAGGAAUAAGCAAUGCUAUGUCGGAUACCCAGGUGCCACCGGCCCAGGAAGUCACCGAGACUACUCACCUAGACUCGGAGGGUGACCAAGCUUCUGCAGCCAUACUCAACGGUAGCUCAAAGACGACACCCAAGGGACUUUCUGUUUCUGAAAAGCCAUCCGAAGCUUACAGUCGGCCACUGGUAGAGCUUCCAGACGAUGUAACCACACUUCUUGAUUCGCCCAACACAGCCAGACUGUUAAGCCACUACGAUGAGAUUAUUUGCCCUCAUCAGAUAGCCGAGGUUGGGGAUGACGCGGAGAACCCUUACCGAGCGUAUAUCCUCCCGCUGGCGCGCAAGAAGAUCGGGCUAUUGUAUGCUGUUCUUGGGCUUUCUGCUUCGCACCUCGGGCGGAUAACUGGUGAUGAAUUCUUACACGAAGCCACGGCGGUUGAAUACCGUAUGAAAGCUAUACGUGCCCUGAGCGAAGAAAUUCGGAAGAGCCAAAGGACCUCUUUACUUGAAGACGAACAGGACACCGUCUUAGCGAUAAUUCAAGUCCUGUUGCUUCAUGAUAUUUCUGAAUCAGGGGUAUCGAGCCAUGGCAUUCAUAUUACAGGUGCUAUGUCCGUCUGCAAACAACUUUUGAUUGCUGAGGGGCUGCAUGGCCGACGCCAGCGCGCCAUGUUCUUCCUCGGUAACCUGGCUUGGCUUGACAUAAUUCGAGCGUCCGCUGGCCCCGAGAGAAUGUGCUUUUCUCAAGAUAUUCGCGAGUUAGUCGCUUGCGCCAGCGAUAGAAAGUUCGAAUUGGUGAAUGGGUGCCCGAGAGAAGUCUUUCUGGCUAUCGGCGCAGCACUGGAAAAGGCAAAGGAACAUACACUGGGCUGGCUUACUUGGGAUGAAUAUCAAAUCGCCCUGCUCCUAGCAAAGCACAAGCUCUAUGCAUGGGACCCAAAGGGAAGAGAGUACCCUAGCCAUGAUCCUCGCUGGCUAUCCAUAGCGGAGGCUUUCCAGUUUGCAUGUAUCUUGCGUAUUCUUCGGCUGCUAGACCCGUUGAAGCCAGCUAGCAGCUCUGAUAUACAGGACUGCGUUCGAAGGAUUCUUGACGCGACGGCGACGAUUACUCCGGAUUGCUCGUUACUGGAAAUCCUUGUAUUCCCACUCUUUAUGGCAGGUUCCGAUUGUCUCUCGCGCCAUUCGCAGUAUUAUGUUCUUACGAGAUUGCGCGACGUUGAGCGUAGAUCGGAUUUCCGCAAUCCGGUCCCUGUUGAUUUACUAAGAAAGGUUUGGGAUGCUCGUGCGGCCCAGACCGAAGAUGAUCAUACAAAUAUCUCAUGGACAGCAUUUGCUUAUCAUUCGAUCUAG